AUGGACCCGAACAUUCCCCUUUUGGCGUUCAACGCCACUGGUGAAGCUCGGUAUCUGGGUGCAUCAAGUGGAUCCGUCUUCGCCAGGUUUAUUGCAAAUACUGCCAGGUCGGUUUUACCACAGGGGGCUACGGGGCCCGGUCUCCAGCCACAUGUAUAUGAACCCUCGACUGUCAACCGCCCUGCCGCUUCCUUUAGCUCCGCAAAUUGGAGAAAAUCGGCAACAUUUCCUUUCCUUUUGCGAUGUUAUCUAAAGUGGGUUCACAGCUGCUACCCUUUGUUUCUGUCUCAGGACAUUGCGGCGCUCGAAUCCAUAAGCUAUUCAGAGGAGCCCCCCCGGGAAACUGGGGAUACGGCGAUUAUUUUCUAUCUUAUCAUGUCGAUAGGUGCUGUUCAUGCCGAGCAGAAGCAUCUUCUCGAUCACCUUCAGCGCGAUCCGGGGCUGCGGCAGUAUCAAACUGAGGCUUCGACUCGUGGACUCUCUUCAGAGGCAUUAUACCGAAAGGCUAUAGGAAUAGUUGCAUCUGAACCAUCGAACCUGACUCCCCGUGUCUCCUUGGUGCAAAUUCUCAUUUUGAUAUCGAUAUAUGCCUCCCACCGCCCAUCUGACAAUGAGCAAUGGCAUGUUGUGGGAAUGGCCAUGCGUAUAACAAUAGAGCUGGGCUUACAUCGACACAACAACGCCUGGAAGUUCACUGUUGAUGAGCUUGAACUUCGGCGUCGAGUAUUCUGGACGACCUACGCCAUCGAAAUCACAGUGGCGUUCAAUUUAGGUCGUCCUGCUAGUAUAUCUUUUCAGGAUGCGGAUGCGCCUUUUCCUACUAAUUCAGAGGAAACCUCCCUCGCAAUUCACCAUAUUAAACACCGGCAGAUCCAAGAACAGAUGCUGUGUCUGGUCUAUCGAAGCAGAUCACAUAAUGCAGCCGCAAUGUCGGAGGUCGAUAACUCGAUCUCGAAUAUAGAAAGCCUCCAGAAAAGCCUAGACGAGUGGCAUUGGGAGCUACAUGAGUUGUAUCGCCAGGCAAGCUCGCCCUACCCGGUAGAGUACUGGGAUCGACUCUACUAUUCAACCUCUGCCGCACUUUCUCGACCGACCACUCUUUCCCCCCGACCUGGACCCGAGCUUCAGAAAAGGUGCUUUCUGUCGUCGUACCAGGUGAUUGAAAUCCAUGAAUCACUCAUCCGGAAUUUCCGACUUCCUUACUCUUGGAUGUUACUGCAAGGUCUCGUAUUCUCAGCCAUCUCGAUGAUCGUCACAACGAGAACAUGUACAGCUGUAUUAUCCAAGGAGUUCGGAGCGGACGGGUUUCUGGACAUUCUCACCAGAGGUGUGCGCAAUUUCCAUGUUGUCCUGGCCGUGAUGCGAGAAAGGUGGACUGGUCUGGCAAUCAGACAUCUGGAAGAGCUACUUGACAAGUUAUGCCAGGAUACUUUAAGAUAUACGAUUAAUAUGCUGGCAAAACUAUCUUCUGGGGCCUCUUCUCUCCAGUCAUCCAAGCAUCCUGGUCUUUUGUCCCAGAAUCCAUCUUCAUCCUGCCCGGAGCCAGUAGUUACAACUGGCACGUCAAAUGACCAACAUCCUCCGAAUGAAGAACAAUUCCCUCGCGGUCUGCUGAGUGAUGGAGCGUACCAAGAAACGAACGAUCCGUUCCAGCCAACUAUCGACUCUGGAUUCUCAGAAUUGUAUCCUGGGCAGGACUGGGGGGCUUUUGAUAACUUGUUCGAGUUGGACGAACUCAGAACUUUCUUUGAUUUCUUCCCAAUCGAGCCGUACGGGGGAUGA